AUGGCCGGCCAAGGCUUACUAACUGGUUAUGACAAGGCGGAGAUGUCGACAGAGUUCGACAUGGAGGUGCACAAGUACGUGCUCCGUGACGUGGGCAUCCUGGGCAUCGAGUUUGCCAAGGAGGGUCUCGUCUCAACGUUCUCCAAAGCGGCACCCUUCUUGGGCCCGGCUGCUAUUGUGCUUCAGGCUGUACUUGAAACCUUCAUCCCGGAUGAGGAGUUUACUGAAGCCGACGCCAUGAUUAUGAUUGAAGAGAGGCUUCGCGAGUUCAAGAAAAGCUUUAAGAAGGAGAUCAUGCAAGAGACCCAGAACCUGGUCACCGGAUCCAUCAGCGCCAACAGUUUCCGAGAGGCGCAGCUCUUGAUGGGGAAGGUCACCGACGGGCUCUCCAUCGCUCAGUCUUCUAAGUUGCUCGACACCGAUGCCUUCCUGGCCUAUGCCAUGUCCUUUGAGAACGACAUUAGCCACCUCGCAGAACUGUUGUUCCUUCCCUGCGUUGACAAGGGCUGGGGCAGUCUGGAGUGCAACGAGCGCAUCGGCGCCGGGGCCACCAUUCUCUUUGCCCAGCUCACGACCGUGCACUUCGCCCUCUUCGAUGGGGUCUUCCGGGCUCUGUACACGAAAGCCGAGCAGGUGCGCCGUCACCUCUUUGUGGAAGCCAACGACAAGGUGGCCGCCCUUGCGGACGACGUCCUGCGCACCACCUUCCGGAAAACGGGCUGCACCAACUUGGAUGCGCCUCCCAGCUUCUGGGCCUGGCUCCAUUCGACAACCAACGUGGCUGCGCUGCUUGAGCGCUUGCACCAUGUGUGCACCCCAUCACUGCUGGUUGUUCCUCCGCAGCCUCUUGGCCAUGCUACAACGUGCAACAUCUGGGGCCACAAGGUGGGAGGUGACUGGGAGCUCGUCCGCCGGACUGCCACGAACACCUUCCAGGACACAGAUCGUCUGGAGGGCCUCUCGCAGUACGGCACAGAACACGACAGCCCAACAGGUGCAACUUUCUCCAAGCCGUUCAACAACAUGAAUUUCAACCAGUUUCUGUUCGCUACGGGAGACUGCCAAAAAUGGAUGAUCAUGGAAAAGUCAGAGGUCUUGGCUUCGUACGACUGGGAGAAGAGACGCAUCGAGAGGUCUCACAUGUCUGACGUGCCCUACAGCGCGACCAUGCUCCGCCGCAGCAACUGGGAGGACCCUUGGCUCACCUUCGAAGACCACGGAACCGGCGAGAAUGCGCAUUGCACGUCUCUCUACCAAGCGAAUAACUUCGACCCGUGGUGUUCCUAUGGCGACCUCGGCCACAAGCACAACGGGCUCAACGUCUUCGUGCGCUGGGCAACUGCCGCAGACAGCUGCUGCGGUGUGGACGGCUAUGAGUGUACCCCGGGGUGCAACCUCCAGAGCGACCUCAGCUUUGACUUCGCCACGCGCGGACAGGCGAGGUUCGACAAGGUGAAGGCCAAGUACCGGAAGAUGUUCGACAAGGCUCGCGACAAGUACCUGGCUCUCCGGCUUCAGCAGAUCAACUGCGGCGCGUCCGGCUGCGUGGAUGCCUACAACCCAGCUGCCGCAUUUUCCGACGAGGCUCCUCGCAAGGCGGAGGUGGCCACGAACGCGACCCAAAUGCUCGAAGCAGCAGAGGCCUUGCUGGCCCCCACCGCAGUCUUCGGGGCCUCGGCCCAGGACGGCACGCUCCCAGCGCUGCCCGCCAGCGAUGGCUGGCAACUGCGGCAGAAGCUCCCCCUCUCCCAGGGCCACGGCCGGCUCGUGGGCCUCGUGCCCAAAUUCGAGAACAAGCCCAGCCUCAAGAUCAACGGCGUCCAACAGGCCAUCUCCGUUUUCCAGAUGUACGAGGAUGCGGGACGCUGGUUCGUCCAUGACUUCAGCUUUGACAAGCCGAACUUGCUCGUGGAGAACAUGCAAGCUAGCUUGUGCCCAAGCACUGUGUGCUUCAGCGGCUCCUCGCACGUCAUGAAGUACGGUGCCUUUGAGAGCAUGCAGCUGUGGGUGCAGGAGAAGCCCUUUGAGGCCUUCAUCCCGUGGGACAGCUCCCAGCUGGAGCACAAUUGCCAAGUCCCGCUUGGGAACAGUGGAUCCAUGCAGUGCGGUGGACCGGAUGGCAGUCACCUGCGAGUGAAACUCAACGAUGCGGCCUUUGGCUGGGAGGUCAAGUUCUUCAUGAGGCUCGACGCUCCGCUUCUCUGGUGGGACCUGGACUUGGAGUGCACCAGCUAUCCGACAACUUACGGCAGCAACAAGUACAAGUGCGAGCGGGGCAAUUCCUUGGAUGACGGGUUUUUCUACGUGUACAACGAGAACGGCGCCUGCGGUGCUCUGUCAUGUGAGUGCUGCCGGACCUGGAAGGACCAGGUAAGCGCAGCCAUCGACAUUGACUUCGGCCAGCCAAACCCCAACUGGAACCCGGCCGUUAUGAGGCUUGCUCUCAAUCACGGCCUGCCAGAUGGGGGUCAAGCGCAGUUGUUGCAGGAGUUCGGUGGACAGAUUUAUGAAGGAAACCCCGCGAAGCGGGACAGCUUCGAUCGGAAGCGCUUGGGACCCUCGCCAGUGCAGCAUGGACAGUGGCAAGCCUAUGUUGUGAAGCGGAGUGAGGGAAAGAUCUUUGUGUGGAUCGAUGACCAACUCGCUUGGGUCCAUAACCUUCCCAUCACUCAGAAUGCCAUGAACAUUGCAGCCGGCGCUGGUGUUUCUGCCACCUGCGGCACAUGUGAGUCCUCAAUCUUUGACAGGAUCAACUCAAUCAAAAUCCGUCCGCGCGGGACGUCUGGCUCAAUUUGGGGCCUUUCGGUACGGCAUGUGCCCCAAGAGCUUGAUGUGAGACAGCGGGGCCUCAACUUUGUCGUCGACCCGGACCAGGUUGGCUACGUGGAGAGCGAUGGAUACACCAAGCGGACCGUCCUGCAGUGCAGGUACGCUGAAGAUGGAAGCUUGCAACAAGGACAAGGGUCCACUUCGUUUUACCCGUUGCUUCAGUUUACAAAGACCGGUCUGCAAGACGCGUGGCCUGUAGGGACCGUCGUGGCGGGUGGUUCCGAAUGGCAAGAUGGCGACACAGCUGUUCUGGCCCCGUCCUAUGUUUACCACUGCCCUGCAUGCAAGGGGAACACCGCAAAGGCGCACGGCGCCUGGGAUGCUCCCUGCGCCUGA